AUGUCUGCAAGAGAAUAUUACGGUGAUACUAAAACACAAUACAAUCGUCCUAGUGCUCCUCCUCCUCAACAACAGGGCCAAAGUAGUAAAGGCUACUAUCAACAACAGCAACAACCACAAUACUACCAACAACCUUCGGGACAACAGCAACAGCAAUAUUAUCAACAGGGUGCUCCACAAGGUCAACAACAAUAUUAUCAACAACCUUAUGGUCAACAACAGCAGGGCUACGGCCAACAAGGAUAUGGCCAACAACAACAACCUAUAUACGUACAACAACAACCUCCUCAAAGGGGAAAUGAAGACUGUUUGACCGCAUGUUUGGCUGCCAUGUGUAUUUGUUGUACUUUAGAUAUGCUAUUCUAA